AAGCGCAGCGCGGCGGGCUGAGGGAGGCGCGGUGCGGCGACAUGUUCCAGGUCCCGGAGGGCGAGCGCGGCCGGGCCGGCUCCAGGGCCAUGAAACCCCCGGGAGGAGACUCCAGCAGUCCUUUUGGAAGUCCAGAAGAAGUCGUUCCUUCAAGCAGGCCCAACAGGAUGGCAUCGAACAUUUUUGGACCAACUGAAGAACCUCAGAACAUCCCCAAGAGGACAAACCCCCCAGGGGGGAAAGGAAGUGGAAUCUUUGACGAAUCUUCGCCUGCACAGGUUCGACAGCGUCUGAACCCUCCUGGUGGAAAGACCAGUGACAUCUUUGGGUCCCCCAUCACUGCUGCUUCCCCCUUGGCACACCCAAACAAACCCAAGGACCAUGUUUUCUUACGUGAAGGAGAAGACCCGAAGCUGGAACCACAAGCUGCAGCGAGCGCCCCACCAGGGGAUGAGAAAGGCAGCCCGAGAGGAGCAGACCGUGCUUGGGAGCAGGAGCCCAUGCCCAGGGUCGACAGCCAUGAGCCCAGGCUGGGGCCGCGGCCACGCUCACACAACAAGGUCCUGAACCCUCCUGGGGGCAAGUCCAGCAUCUCUUUCUACUGAGGACACCGCCACUCCCCUGCAGCCAGACAAGACACUCAAGAGCUGGGGUAUCAAGUAUAGUUUCUUUUAGCCCAAGAGAGUGGGGGUGGGGAGCUGGUUUGUUGUGCAUCUGAAGCUGCUUGGAGUUUUCAUGGCCAUCGGUGACAGCUGUGCAAAAUACAGUGCCUUCUGGGUUCUGAGGAGACAUCUUCGUGGGGAUAAAAGCACCUCCCCAGGUGCAUGCUCAUGUGUGAUUCCAGAUUCUGAGGGAACUACAGCGGGGUGGGAGGGGAGAUGGUCCCAGGCGGCGGGAUCUCCUGUGCACUCGGACCGUCAGGGUUCUGCAGGCUGCACGGGCGUUUACAAAUGUCCGAAACAGAGCAAACCCUACAGCAAUUGAAAGGACACCAAAGCCAGUCAUUGCCUUGGGACAGAGGAAUGAGGCACAAGCAGAAACACUAACACACAGCAGGCUGGGGUGGGGGUGCUGGAUAAGAACCUCCUUUCAAUCCUGUGACCUUCGGCCCUUUGUGGAAGCAGACUCGGUCCCUGAGCAUGCCGCUGCUUAGCCCAGUGUCUUGUUCGGUCUUUUCUGGAAAAUCCUGAUUACGUUUCCUUGGCAGCUCCCAACAAAAGCCAAAGAGUUGCAUUUAAAGUGUACUCUGGGAGUGUUCUGCUAGACAGUUUGGCUUUUCCUCUAGUUCUCAGUCUUAACGCUUGCUGAAAGAUUUUUGUAUCCUGAUCCUCUGAAGUGCCCAGUCUCUGUCCCCUAAAGCCUUGGCAACAUCGCAGAGAGGAGUCGCUGCCUUUCUUUCCCAGGGAGGGGUUUCCGUGUCUUGACAUGUCGGUUUUGCAUGAGUCGUUCCUUGUUCCUCUCGUGAGCCUUAAACCGAGGUCUUUGGCUUUCACCAGUGAUGUGUAAAGCUGCAGUGCUUCCACAGGGGUCCUCUGACGUCUGAGGGCGUUUCUCAUCUAUUCACGUCUGUCCAGGCAAUGGGGUUGAUUAAUGUGUUCCUCUGUCUCACUUUAUUCCUGCUGAUGGGAAGAAGAGAUACUUGAGAACCUAGGGUUCUUCAAUUCAAAUUCUUGAAUAGUAUCUCAAGAGCUAUUUUUAAAGUACCAGCUUCACAUAAAUGACUGUUUCUGAUGCCUCUCCAGGAAAGUCACUCAGGCACACCAAAGAGGAGGGGUUGCUGAGGCCACCCUCUGUAAAGCAUUGCAGAGCCUCCAGAUCAUAUCCACAAACAACCUUCCGCAGAAGACUGGAGACCUCAGGCCAGCAGAGAAAGUAGCUUAGCAGCAGAAUCACAACUGGCCAAGACUCUGAUGCUUUCCAGCGAAGAUAACGGGCUGGUGAAGAUGGUGGCCCUUUUGUCUUUAGGCAGAAGUUUCUCCCGGUCAGCCCUCAGGCUGCACUCUCAGUUCCCACAGCUGAGUCCUGCCUGGCUUUCUAACACGGGGGGUCUCGCUGGUAGUCGCUUUUGGGAUGGGUGUCACGAGGCCCACACCAAGUGGUAGAAGUUGCCUCGUCUUUAUUAAAACGGUCAUGCAGUAGUUGGGUCGGUGACCUUCCCCGGCCCUGCCUCCAUGCCUGUGGGAGAUGCCUGCCGAGCACCACCUCUCCCUGGCAGCAGAGGGGCUGCACGUGGCUCUGCCAGCCAGCGGUCAUUCUUCCCGUUCAUCCACCCUGGAAACGCGCCUUGCCUCCAACUUUCAUGUGGUUUGCCUCUCAAAGUCGUUUAUAAGAAAGUUGUUUGGAAUUUAGCCAUUUUUUUCUCCAUUUAAGAACGGUGUUGUAAAUGGUGGUUAGAUUUUGAAGCCCAAAAGCAUUAACGUGUGUAACUUACAAUGUCAAUGGCAUAUUCUAAUGGUGGAAAUGCACUACCAUUUGUAACCAUGUUUUUGUGAGGAAAUCAUUUAUGUUCCACAUUGGAUUGCAGAAAGAAACUCAAGGUUGGCGUUACAGGCUCACCCUUGUUCCUUUCCCCGACAUCCCUGCUGGCACCAGCGGAGGAAAGCGCUUCCUGUUCCUGGCCCUGGCAGGGAUGUCUGCUCUGGAGGCAGGAAAACAGAGAUGGGGACAGUCUUUGGGGAAUGAGGAAACCAUGAGCUACAGCGAGAGCCCCUGGGCAGCAAGGACAGACCUUUCCGCCUCCCAUUUCUUCCCAUCCUCUCCCCCUUUCUUCUCCUCCAUGACACUGCAGGGAUGGGGUUCGGGCCAUCCACAUGGUCCUUUCACUGGGGGACGCGCAGGGAGAUUUACUGCAUAGAGCUCUGGGCGUCUGUGGGUAUUAGGAAGACAUUCUCAGCAUUGGGCACUAUCCGGAAGAUUCAGAACCUCUUAGAUUCUAUCCUCAACCUCCAAGCUGCCUUGAGAAAGUACUAGUCUGUAUUUUUAUUAAGCCUUAAACCUUUUUUUAGUGCAUUUGGUGCCAACAUUUUUCUAGAGCUGUAACAAAACCAAAAAACCUGUACUCACAUAUCAGUGUAAUUUUGAUAGGAACAUUUUGUUAUUUUUACAAGGCAGAAUUGGCUAUAACAGUUGAAUUAAACUUAGCAAUCAAGUACUCAAAA